AUGCGGGCCUUCCUUGCCUUUGUCGUCGUGCUGCUGGUACUGGCCGAGGCCAAGACCAACACGAGUGCACCGUCGAUCGUGCCGGUGACGACGACGCCGGCGCCGACCACCGAGACGCCCGUGCCGACGACGACGGCGGCCCCGACCACAACACCGGUGCCAACCACGACGGCACCGCCUAGUACAACGACGCCGGCAUCAACGACCACAGCGCCGCCGACGACGACACCGACACCGCCACCGACGACCCUGACGCCCGAGCCGACGACCGAAGAGCCGACGCCGGCGCCAACAACACGCGGCACGACGCGCCCGGCGCCGACGACCGCGGUCGCUGCAGCGUCCGAUGACAGCGACACGAUGACGUAUGCGCUCAUUGGUGGCGGCUGCGGCCUUGUCAUGGUGCUCGCUAUUGGGAUUUCGUACACGCUUGCCAAGAGCCGGCAGCGCGUGAGCGACUACGCGUUCGACAAAAGGCUAAGUCCGCUCGAUACGUUCCGGUCAGGGCACAACGUCGUGACGCUCUCGGGGCGGCUCACGGCGCAGUACGACAUGACGCCGUUCGGGAACCCGGCGUUCGACGUCGUAGAGCCGCCGCCGCCGCCGCCCAUGUACUCGAUGCAGCACUACGAGUACCCGUCGGCCGCGCAAGAAGCGUCCUUCUCGGCCGACAGCGGCUACUCGCACAUCCCGUCGUUCCAGACGGACUCGGACAUUUUCGACUCGCAUUACAGUCUCCACUCGGCCACGUCGGACGUUGCGUACUCGACCGACUCGUUUAGUGACACGAGCAGCGACUAUGGUGGCCGCUACUCGCAGUCGUGCGAGAUCUAG